UGACCCACCCAAUGUCCAGGACCAAACCCAACUCACAUACAACAAACCAAGCCGAACCAAUCUGGGUAUACCCUUAUCGGACCUAACCCAUUUUCUCUCAGACCAAGAACGGGUUCAGUCUCUUUUCAGGGUUACCUUCACAAUCCAACCCUAACACAACCGGACCCUCCGAUCGGACUUUCCCUGAAGCUCAACGCACAGCUUCUGCAACAGCCUCUACCUUUGUAAAUUUGAAGCUUAUGCAAUGGAAAUAGCAAAUGACUCAGCUGUUAAGAAACCAAAGAGGUUAACAUCUGUUGUCUGGAAUCACUUUGAGAGGGUCAGAAAGGCUGACAUUUGUUAUGCUGUUUGUAUACAUUGUAACAAGAAACUCAGUGGAUCAAGUAAUAGUGGAACAACACAUCUGAGAAACCACUUAAUGCGAUGUUUGAAAAGAUCAUCCACUAUUGAUGUGUCUCAACUACUUGCAGCAAAGAGAAGAAAAAAAGAUACUUCCCUUAGCCUCACAAGUAUCAGUUUCGAUGAAGGCCAGAGAAAAGAUGACUAUAUUAAGCCAACAAUUUUGAAGUUUGAGCAGGAUCAGAAAAAGGAUGAAAUUGUUAACCUUGGAAGUAGCAAGUUUGAUCAGGAGAGGAGUCGGCUCGAUCUUGCUCGCAUGAUUAUAUUACAUGGUUACCCAUUGGCCAUGGUUGACCACGUUGGAUUCAAAGUGUUUGUCAAGAAUCUUCAGCCGAUGUUUGAGGUUGUGCCCAAUGGUGCUGUUGAGCAAGCUUGUAUGGAAAUUUAUGGGAAGGAGAAACUGAAAGUGUAUGAGACGAUAAGUAAAUUGCAUGGAAGAAUUAACCUUUGUGUUGAAAUGUGGUCUUCGCCAGAAAACCUUGAGUAUUUGUGUUUGACAGCACAUUAUAUUGAUGAGGAUUGGAAAUUGCAGAAGAAAAUUCUGAAUUUCCUCACACUUGAUUCAUCUCAUACUGAAGACAUGCUUUCUGAAGUGAUUAACAAGUGUUUGAUGGACUGGGAUGUUGACUGUAAGUUGUUUGCCUUGACAUUUGAUGAUUGUUCCACAGAUGAUGACAUUGUCAAAAGAAUUAAAGAACAGAUCUCACAGAAAAGGCCUCUUUUGAGUAAUGGUCAGUUAUUUGAUGUGCGAUCUGCUGCACAUGUUUUAACUUCAAUUGUUCAAGAUGCUAUGGAAGCAUUGCGAGAGGUGACCCAAAAGGUUCGAGGAAGUAUCAAAUAUGUUAGAAGUUCACAAGUUAUACAAGGAAAGUUUAAUGAGAUUGCCCAACAAGAUGGAAUCAACAGCAAGAAGAACUUGCUUCUUGAUUGUCCAAUUCGAUGGAACUCAUCGUAUCUCAUGCUUGAAACGGCUUUAGAGUACAGGGGUGCAUUUUCUCUCUUGCAAGAGCAGGAUCCUUCCUACACAUCAGCUCUAACUGAUACAGAAUGGGAAUGGGUCAGUUCUGUUACUCGUUACUUAAAACUUUUUGUUGAAAUCACUAAUGUCUUUUCUAGCAACAAAUGCCCAACUGCAAAUAUGUAUUUUCCUGAGAUUUGUGAUGUUCACAUUCAAUUAAUAGAAUGGUGCAAAAGCCCAGAUAAUUUUCUUAGUUCCAUGGCAUUGAAGAUGAAAGCUAAAUUUGAUAAAUAUUGGAGCAAGUGCAGUUUGGCUUUGGCAGUAGCAGUGAUCUUAGAUCCGCGAUUCAAAAUGAAGUUAGUGGAAUACUACUACUCUCAGAUUUAUGGCAGUACCGCUUUGGAUCGUAUCAAAGAAGUGUCUGAUGGUAUAAAGGAACUCUUCAAUGCAUACUCUAUCUGCUCAACGAUGGUUGAUCAAGGCUCAGCUUUGCCUGGUAGCAGCUUACCAAGUACUAGUAAUGACACCAGGGAUAGACUAAGGGGCUUUGACAAAUUUCUUCACGAGACUUCUCUGAGUCAAAAUGCAAUAUCAGACUUGGACAAAUAUUUAGAAGAACCGGUGUUUCCUCGUAAUUGUGAUUUCAAUAUAUUAAAUUGGUGGAAAGUUCAUAUGCCAAGGUACCCCAUUUUGUCAAUGAUGGCACGUGAUGUUCUAGGAACGCCUAUGUCCACUGUUGCACCAGAGUUGGCAUUUAGCACUGGAGGUAGAGUGCUUGAUAAUUGUAGAAGUUCACUGAAUGCUGAUACUCUACAGGCUCUGAUAUGCACACAAGAUUGGAUGCGGAUGGAGUCAAGAGAUUUCAAUCCAUCCUCGAGCCUUUCUGCCCUACCCCUUCUCAUUGAAUCAAAUUAAUUUGCCUAGGGUUGAUGGAUCCAUCGGCUCGUAUGAUGCCGUCUGAUUGGUUUUUUUACACACAAGGCCUUAUUCUAGAAGCUGCUGUAGUGUUGUUAAUUAUACCCCUACUUCUUCUGCAUGUUCAUAUGUCACAGUUAGGUAAAUUUCUUAUCAUCUGGAGUAUUGAUCAAGAAGCAAUGUAUAUUUUAGGAGAACAAUGAGAUGCAGACAAUUAUGCUUGUAUUAGAGGGACCUUCACUCUCUUUCUCUCUUCAAAGAAAAGCUGCUCCACCGUUGAUGAUGCCGUGGACAUUGAGGACGUGUUCAGUGUCCUCCCAUACAUCAUCAGGUGCCGGUUCUUGCUUUUAGGGUUUUUUCUUGUAGGAGUAGGGGAUUUUUCCUGUUAGAUUCUUGGGCUUUUUUAAGAUAUCAGGAACUUGAUAACCAAAACAGUA